AAUAACGGGAAAUCGGCGAUGGAGAUUGGUCACACCGCGGCCACAUCAAAUCUGGGGGUCUAGCGUGUGACCCUGUUAUUUCUAUCCUGCAAUAAAAUAGCUGUGUAAUCCUAGAUAAGUUGUGCUCAGUUGAAAUAGUUAUAAAGGAAAUUGUUGUGUAAUUUAUGUGUAAAACAUGGAACGUGCAACUGGAACAGAAGUGUACGGGUGUGGCUCGCCCCAUUCUACGGACAUAACGCUAAAUAUCCAAACGACGACGGGUGGCAAUUUCUCCAUCAGUCUGAACGGUAAAAAUACAGUGGAGCACCUCAAGAAGCUCGUUUCGAAGAAACUUAAAGUGUCAAAGGAUCGAAUAUGCCUUCUGCAUCGCGAAAGACAACUGAGGGACGGAACCCUCGAAGAGAACGGUCUGUUGGACGGCUCGCGCGUCAUUCUGCUGCCCAGCGUGGAGACGGGCUUGCUGAGUCAGAGACCCGAAAACUCCGUGAUGCAGGCAUUAGAGUCUCUCAAUGAUACGCAAGUUAAUGACUUCCUCAGUGGGAAAUCUCCAUUGAAUCUGACCAUGAGGCUCGGUGACCACAUGAUGCUGAUCCAGUUGCAGCUGUCCACCCUGAACACCACCGCCUCCUCUAUAGCUCAGCACCUGAGAAACACUCAGGCCAAGAACGCAGCGCGCAACAAGUGUGAAUCCAAAGACACGCCCAGCCCGCAGGCGACGCCACAGAAGGCGCAGAGUGACAGUCCCGUCACCAGCAAUAAGGAGAAGCAGCAGAGUCCGCGAGUGCUGCAGCAGCAGGAUAUAGAGAUGAUACAGAACGCUCUCGGCCUCUAUCAGAAAAUGACUGAAGAGAAAUUUACCGAAGAACCUGCAUCAAGUGAUGAUAAAGAAGAAAUGGACACUUCAAACUGUACAUUAUUAGAUUUAUCUGAAGCGUCCCUCGAGAGUGAGCAGUCCCCUAUCAAAUCUUUAUCUAACUUGGUGUCCAGUCCUAUCAAUGUGUCUGAGGGUCGAGAGACAACUCUGGGGACUUCUGUAAAGAAUACUUUAAUAGACUUGUUAUCAUGUAAUAAAUUGGCUACUCUGGCGUCAUCUACGGAUGCGGUGCCCUCCACCAGUGCUAUGGCUGACAAGGCAUGCGCCACUACAUCACACGCAGACAGUUCUGUCAGUGACGACAGUGACAACUUCUCUGACCAGAGCUCCUUUUUAGCAGAGAGUACAAUAGAUGAGUACCCGAUGGAGAAUCUGUUUAACAAUGCAGUGGACAAAGGUCUGUUCGACGACCAGGAUGAAUCUAUGAUGGACCGGGAGAUUUCAAAUCUUGCCACAACGAGCCACGGGAGUCAGGAGUCCUCCUCUGGCCCUCUGCCUUCUUUCCAGAGCUUAAACGAGCCUUUAAAAAGCAAAAGGUUCCAAUAUAUGUUACAUAAAACUUCUAAGUUCAAGCAUCCAAUCGGUCUUAACAAACAAAAGACUUUUAUUCAAUCUGUGGUCAACAAACAAAAGAAAAAAUCAUCAAAUCAAACAGAAACAAAUCCUCAGCCUUCUACAUCUAGAACCGAGCCAUAUAUGACGAGUGCAAAGAAACAAAAACGAGAAGAUGCAAGUGUAGAUAACUCGACUCCUUCUACAUCUAAACAGGUUUCUUUCAAGGCUCCGGAUGCUCCGAAGAAACCACAACGUGCAUCUCCGACCCCACCAGUAGACACCAAGGCUCUGAUUGAAGCUUCGAAAAACUUGACGCAGAAGUUGAAAAAAUUAUCUAAGGAGGUCCUGACCAAUAAGAUUGAUCUGAGAGCCGCAGAAGAGACCGCCCGUGCAAAAGUUGGUCCGGGAGCUGUUAUCGAAACAAUGAAGCACCACGGCAAGGGGAUAUAUUCUGGGACCUUCUCCGGCACUUUGAAUCCAGCACUUCAAGACAGAUUCGGGCGACCCAAGCGGGAUAUAUCGACAAUAAUCCACAUACUGAACGACUUGCUCUGCGCCGCGCCGCCCAUUGCCAUAUCACAGAAGGAACCGAAGCACUCGUGCUCAACGAGCGACGAACAGUCCAAGUGCCCGUGCAGCCAGCCGUCCUGCUCAUACGGCCACUGCGAAGGCCACCCAGCCGCCUCGCGCAAGUGCACUUGCCCGAGGAACACCAGCUGCCAGUGCAGUCGACUCGACCCCGACCUCUGCGCCAGCUGCCAGGACAAGCCCACCGUUGAGAUGUGCAAGAAGUGCGACACAGCCAAGACCCUGGCUCUGGAGAACACCAAGACAAAGUGCAAGUUGGAGCAGCUGAGGCUGGUGAUGCAGCAGAAGAAGCAGAGGAGGGAGGCGCGCAAGCUGAAGUCUCUGCCGUACCCCACUCCGCAGAGUAUCUCCCCCACUGAGAAGCCGGGGGCCAUCAAAGAGGAGAUAGAGACGGUUGGCUAACACUAAUGUGUCUGCUGUGUUGUUUUGUCAGUGCGUUGCGAGCUGUGGGGGUCCUAUCCUGUGGGAAUGUCAGGAUACCAAGUAUCUUGUGCGAUGUCAGGCUAUAUUUGCAGUGCAAAAUUUCAUCCAGAUCAAUUCAGCUAUGGAGUUAUUAAUAAGGUAGUCGACUCAUAUGAAAUUUAAUAUAAACAAUAUUAAUUUUUUGUAGUACAUGGAAUAAGGGUCCGAAAUAUAUCGAUAUCAAUUAAUAAAAGUUAGGAGUUCUUUUAAAACUUAAUUUAAAUAUCACGUAUUUUUUUAAUUUUCCAAACGUCAAAAACGCUGUCGUCCAUUUUGUGACGUCACUAAUAUGAUAUCGACAGUUGACACUUUUUUCUAAAUGGUCUUAAAUAGUUCAUUAUCGUUUUACUAGACUAAAAAAAAUAUUUCAUAUUUUUUUGAUUACAUGAAAAUUUAAGUUUUUCAAUAUGUUUUUGACAAUACGUUUGUCGGCCAUGACAGUCUAUAUUUCAACUGUUUCAUGACGUCACUAUAAUAAAUCCCAUACAAAUGGAGUGUUCGACAAAAAUAUUGGUUAUCAAUUAAUUUGACGUUUAGUACAUCAAGUAUGUUUAUGACGUCACAAAAUGAAAAAAUACGUAAUAUUUAAAUUAAGUUUUCUAUGAAAUCCUUAACUUUUAGUAAUUGAUAUCAAUAUAAUCCAGACCCUUAUUCCAUGUAGUACUCAAAGUUAAUAUUAUUAUAUUAAAUUUGAUAUAAGUCAACUAUACCUAUUGCAGAACAACCAUAACUUUGACUAAUUCGAAUCAUGAGCACUUGAGCCUUUGGUCAACAAUUCAGAACAGUUGACAACUGCGAACACUUCACCUUGGCAAGUCUCAGUUUGAUUUUAGAGAUCUUGUUAUCUUACUACUACAUCAAAUUCCAAAGCUUCCUGAAAUAGAAUAACAAUAAAAUAAUUUCACAUAUUAGCUAAACAUGCAGUUCGUCUGAUAGCGUUCUAUUAAGUUGACAACGCACUGGCAGACAAGCACGUCGCUACAAUGCUGGUGUGACAACUUGUUAUAUAUUCUAAAUUACCAUAUUUAAUAGUAUCGAGGAGUAGACAUUAAAAAUUAAGUGCUAUUAACGCAUGUACAAAUGAACGGAAUAUAAAUUAGCGAAAUCCUAGUUGAUAGUUUAUAAGUAAGGCGACGUCUUCACGAGCGGGUAUGACGCAACGGCUUUGGACGACUAAGUGACGUCAUGUUGAAAUUUAAGGUCGCAUUUAAAAGGUAACCACCUUUUCGACAGACAAUUUGACGGAAGUUAUAAUGAUUAUAGAACUUGUAUCGUGGUAUAUUGGUAUUGGUUAAAUACCAUCUGCACAUUAUUAAUUAUUUCCAUAUAAGUUAUUGGGAUAUCCAUCCGCCGACAGUGAAAAAUUUAUAUGCAAAUGGUUAUUACAAGGAUCGUAAAAUGCAGAAAUGUGAUGAACGUCAGUCAUCUACAAAUCUAUAUGUACAACAAUAUUAUACAUAAUAGACGUUUAUACAGAUUAAUUUCAAUACAGACCACAGUUACUACAUAACAAUCAUUUAUUUCGGUUGUAAGAACCACUUGAAUACUAAUUAGUAAUAUUGUAAUUACAAAUAUUGCUUAUUCUAGAUUACAAUUUUGUACAUUAUCUGGCUGGUGGGCGGCUUCGACCGUGGCUAGUUACCACCCUACCGGCAAACACGUACCGUAGAAACCGAUAGGGGUGUGGAUUUUCAACCUCCUAACAAGUUAGCCCAUCCUUCUUAGAUUGCAUCAUCACUUACCAUCAGGUGAGAUUGUAGUCAAGGGCUUGUAAAGAAUUAAAAAAAAAUUUAGUAUUGUUUGUCUAUGAUGGACAGAGGCUUACGCUGCGGCGCGCCCGCUCGUGAACACGUGGCCUGACCGCAUAGGGUGUAUUAUGAUGAUGUUGCCUGGUGCGUACGGAGUGGAGUUUUGUUGUUAUAUUAUUUUAGAUUAUAUUUUAUUGGGACAGACAACUUUUUUUGAACACUUGUGUAUACUAGGUAAUUUUGAGAUCACUGUUGGUGUAAAUUUAUAAAACUAGUUUUUUUUUUUUAUAAAUAUACUUUCUAAGAAUCACAAUUCGCUGUCGAAGACGGCUAUUUCGCGAGUGCCAAAUAUCUGGAAAUCUUGCACGAAGACUUCAGAAGCAUCUGUUAGAAUCAUCCAUGUUUUACUAGAACAUUGGUUGAUUAUCCAAUUUAUCGCGAGUCUUUUGUCCCGUUGCAACGAAUAUAAGCUAAUUAAUGUUUCUUUCGUUGCGACGGCAUUAGUCUUAAGAUUCGGCGUUAGAAAGAUAUAUUUCUCAUGCCGGCUCUCGUACUACAUGCAAGAGAGAUGUAACCAAAGUUAUCUCGUUAUAUCUCUGCGCGCAUCUCUUGGUCUACUGAAUGCUAUUUUUGCGCGAAAUCCUCUUGUCUAGACACGGCCUUAUCCAUCCAUCCACCAUAAAUUCAUAAUAUAUUAAGGUUGUUCUUCAACCUGAAAAAUCAAUGUCAAUAGUUAGAAGAAGCUUAACAUAUACAUUUAAUUUAACUAUAUUUUGGUUUCAUGUUUUUUUUAGUAAUAAUUGGCACUGUUAUUUUUAGUUUAUAUUUUCUUUGUUUUUUUUACCUUUAAUUGAAAAAAAAAAGUUGUUAAAAUAAACGUUUUCCUCAUUAUACCCUUAUUCUUUAGUUUCCUUUUAUUUGUUACCCUAAAUAUACCUAAAUAGCGAAUACUAUUCACCAGUCGAUAUCUCACGCAAUAAACCAAUAUCCUAUAUUAUAUAUUUAUUGUUGUAAGUAGAUACUUGCAGCUUUGUACAGAAUAAUUAAUGAACUAUGUAACUAAUAGUGAUAUACAGAAAUGCUUUCAUUAUUAUUUGUAAAACUGAAGAACAGUCAAACUCGGGUAACUUUAGUUAAACAUAUAUUAUGGUUGAGAAAUUAUGGAGCUAUUCUGUAGCGAUGUUUUUAUAACUUGACAGUGUGAGUUCGAUUCUUGUAUAUCUCUCUCUUUUUUUAUUCUUUAGAAGUUAGCAUUUGACUACAAUCUCACCUGAUGGUAAGUGAUGAUGCAGUCUAAGAUGGAAGCGGGCUAACUUGUUAAGAGGAGGAUGAAAAUCCUCACCUCUUUCGGUUUCUACACGACAUCGUACCGGAACGCUAAAUCGUUUAGCCACGGUCGAAGCCGGAUGGCUUCGGCCGUGGAGGUCUGGCUGGUGGAUACCAGCCAGACCUGGACCAAAUAAGAAAAUCUCAAUCUGCCCAACUGGGGAUCGAACCCAGGACCUUCGUUUUUCGAAACUCACACUGUACAAAGCUCUACACAAAACUCUACAAAGCAACAAACUCUUCAACUUUUACUAUUAGUGUUUUAAAAUAGUCAUGCCAUAGAGAGACCAUAGACCCGUGUUAUCCAGGAGUACCUAAUUAACCUAAGUAAAUAGCAAUAUAAUUUAUAUCGCUACGACUAGUGACGAUCAAUCGUAAUAUAUCUAUCUAAGUAAUAUUAUAAAAAAUCGCUUUCAGUCGCUGUAAUAUUUUAAACUACGCAACCGAUUUUAAUUCGACUUUCAUCAUUAAAUAGGGAUUCAAAGUCAAACAUGAUCACUAUCUUGAUACCUAAAUUUCCAAGCGAAUGAAAUCACGGGCGUUCACUAUUAAGAGUGUAAUUUGGUGGUUACAAAUAGUUCUGGAUCUCAGAUUCUGGAAAAGUUAGGAGCCUGAUAUUUGGGUAAAUGAUAUUUCAAAGUGUUAGCUUCGUUAUGACUAUACAAAAUACAAAAUUUGUAAAACUUUUCUCGAUAGUUUAUUUUUUUGAAAAAUACAUGUUUUGCUCACAUUUUGCUUUCAAUCUCAGGAAAAGCAAACUUAUUUUCUUAAAUUUUUGUUUUGUAUAGAAAAUUAGGUAUAUAUCUUGAACAUGGCCAUUUUGUUUUUCGUUAUGUUGUUUAAUUUACUUGCAAUUAGGUAAAAAUGGUUUUGGCGCUCACGUCAUAAAAUUUGCAUCGCGCGUCAAUCGCUCCGUGCCUUAGACCAUGUUAUUAAUGGUCUAAGCUCCGUGCUUUUCACUCACGUGAGUGAGUUUGCGCUUCGAAUUCUAUCCAUAUCGUACUGACGCGCUGCGCGCUCUUAAAGUAGAAGUCACGAGCGUUCAGUAGUAGGUACUAAAAGGCUGGAAGCCUUGGGUGAAGCGACUUGGGUACUUAAUCUAAUCUAAUGAAGACGCAUAGCUUAGAGCUCUGAAAUCUUUCGGGCACUGUUGGAUAGACGGCUUGCGACUGAGCUAUUACGAGAAGGUACCCAUAGUACCUACCUAAUUUUAAGUGUUGCCUUGAUCGCCAUAAAUCAGUAAUAUUAGAGCAAUACGUGACUUGAAUUCUUUAACAAAGCAAUAAUGUUAUACCUAACCGUUGACAAAGUGCCUAUUGAUGUGUAGCUAUUGUAUUAUAUACGUAUUUGGUGUGCCAUGUGGAUUUUCUUGUUUUAAAUUUGUGUGUGGCACUUUUAUUAUUAUAGUAAAUGAGCUGGUAAACAUUAUUGCACUGUUCUGUUCUAGCUAAUGAUGCGGCGAUAGAUUGACCGAACAUUUAAAUGACUAGCUGUAGACUGUCGUUUUUCCUGUGUUAGCCGCGUUUUGUUAUUGCUGCAUGACCGUAUAAGUUAGUUUAAAUGAAUAAUGGUAUAAGUAGGUGUAGAAGCGCAUUUUGUGAGCGCUUGUUACGAAGAUAAUUGCCGUCUUCAUUUUUUAUCGCAAAAUAACUUCGCAGAGUUCCAGUUUUAGGUACGGGAGCUUUCGCUGUGGAAAUUACAGCGACAUCAUGAGGAUAUUGAUGAGCUCAGGGCAUUUCAUAACCUUCGAGGUAAAAGUUUUCUUAAGAAAUGUGCACAACCAACUCUGAGAACACUAUAACUAGUUGAUUAUUAACUACACUGUAAAAAUCGUUUACCAGCUCUGUGCUUAUGUUUGAGAUUAAGAUUUUCGUAAUUUGUUUUUCAGUCAAAAAUAUCUGUAGAUAUUACGUUCUUUGGCGUACCUAUUACCAAAAUUAUAUUUAAAAAAUCCUUUAUUUUAUAUUUUUUUUCCAGGGUUUUAUGAAAUCGCCUGUCUCGUUUCCUUGGUCCUUGUAUUUUUGCAUGUCUAGUGAGGGGAAUAAAGUUACCUAAUCAAAAACUG